CUACAAACAACACGUGUCAAGCCAAGGAUUUCUAAUUCCUUCCUUUUUUAAGCCCAGAGAGAGAGAGAGAGAGAGAGAGGCAAACACAGAACUGAUAACCUUUUUUUCCUCUCCUUUCUAAUCGCAUCCUCCUAUAAUCUCUCUUAAUAUAUUCAGGUCACUCAACCCACAUCCUUAGUAUUAAACCCCAAUUCAAUAGAGUUUCAACCACUGAAAGUAAAAUAAAUUAGGAUUCUGCGAGUUGAAAAAAACAGAGAGAUAAGAAACAGAGCAUGGAGCAGGGUUCAGUGUGGUACACUGAAAACGAGUUGCAAAUUGCUCACGUCCUUCUCGACUUCCACGAUUCAGAACCUCCGUUACUCAAAUGGGGACGCAAAAGGAAGAGAUCUGCGACUCAAGAUCCUCUACCUCUUCGUUUUCGUCUUCCCCCAGCGUCGUUCUUUCACGGUGGUGCCGUCGCCAUCGGUAAUCGUCUGUGUGAAACCGUAGCUCUAACGGCCGAUAAAGGGAAGAGUUCAAGUCCCUCAACCCCUCUCUCCUUCUCGCCUUCUGAAUCUGAGGAGAAGCCGAAAGCCUCACGAAGAAAACCAUCUCUCCGAAAGAGGAGGGAGUGUUAUCUUAAGAUUAUAGAAGACUUGACGGAAGGCAGAGGUUCGCUCAAUCAAGCGAUAGAGAAGACGAAGGGUUACUAUGACCAGCUGAAGGCCUUCAAUUUGAAGUUGAAAGCAAGAAAACAAGAGCUAAUGAAUGGCCCCAAAGGGGAAAGCAAAAACACUAGUUUGGAAUUUGAUGGGUCAAUGGAAUUGGAUCCUGUCAACGCCACAGUCAACGCUUCCGAGUCGAAGGCUCAAAACGAACAGCAGAAGCAACCUGAAUUGCAAGUGCAAAUAGCUCCUAGUCUAACGAUGCUGAAUCAGAAUCAUAUGUGUGGGCCAUCCCAAUCCCAAACACGUAAGAGCGAGGGCGUUGCGCAGCUUCAGGGUGUGCCUGGCAAUCCAACGACGUCGUUCCCAGGCGCAUCCUCUUCGGGCCACGUCAGUAGUAAGAUGAGCCAACUAGCCAUUCCUGAUUUAAACUUGUCGCCUCCGGAGUUUGCUGAAGUGGACUUACGUGAACCGUUGGAUGAGAACAAGGCAGUGAAGGAUUUGAGCAGAGCCAUGGCCGCGCAAGCGAGGCAGAAGAGGAUUCAAAUUUUCAGGCUCAAAAAUUUCACACGAAACACGAAACCAUGUUCUUCAUAGUUCACACCAAACCAUGUUCUUGAUAGCAUUGAUUAACAGCUUAUUCCAAUAUAUAUAUUUUUUCCUUUAAAAUUGGUUAGUUAAUUAGUCGUCAGCGUCAACAAAAUAUUUUUUGUGAAUUGUAACGUAUGUUAUAAUAUAUUUCAAAACAGAAAAUUUCUUCAGAUUUGUUCAUAUUGUUUCAGUUAUAUAUAUUUUUAGUGCAUGUUCU